CGGAGAAUCUGGAGAGCAGCAUCCCCGGCUCGGCUGUCCCAGCAGCUGCUCCUGCACUAUCCGUGGACUCCCCACAACCCAGGGCUCUAGGGGGAACUCAUUUUCCACAGCGGAGGAGGGGCAGGAGUCACCAACCCAUCCCCCUUUAUCUCAUCUUCCUCCAUCCCUCCUCCUCCUCCUCCUUCUCGUCCUUCCCUGAGCCGCUGCCGGCUGGGGCCCGGUGCCAGCCGUGGGGGUCCCUUCGCUGUCUCUCCGGUGACUCCCGGCCUGGGAGGAAGAGGAGGGGUGGGGGCGGGAGCCGCGGCUUCGCGGGGGACCGGGAGGGAGCCUGAGUCCUUCUCCAUGGCGAGGCCGGGGGAGAGGAAGCUCCCGAGGAGGGAACCCGGGAGCUGACUCAGCGGAGCAGUGCAGCAUGUUUUCCCGGGAGCAGGGCUUCCCUGCCGGAGCCUGCGGAGGGAGGUCUGAGGAGGUAGCGCGGUGCUUCAGCAAUGUUAUAGACUCUCCCACUGAAGGCUUUCCAUGUGCCCUCACUCCGGCUGCCCCCAACAAGACUGUGGACUUGUUUGAGAUGAUUGAAAAAAUGCAGGGGAGUCGUCUGGAUGAACAGAGAUGUUCCCUUCCAGCUCCUCUCAAGACAGAAGAGGAGUAUAUUCCUUACCCCAGCAUCCAUGAGGUAUUACAGAAAGGGUGGCCAUAUCCUCUCAUUAUCUUACCCCAGUUUGGGGGCUACUGGAUUGAAGGGACCAGCCACAACCUGUCCAGCUUGAGUCCAACUCUGUCUGAUGUACCCUUUCCCUGGAGUGGUAAAGUGAAACUGGAAAGUGACCCUACAGCCAAGCUGUACCGCAAACAUUUUCUGGGAAAGGAGCACCAGAACUUUUACUCCAGUGACAUGUCCUUGGGCUACCUAGUACUUUCUGUGAAGUAUGAACAGAUUGAGAAGCAGGAAAAUCUACGCCUGUUGCUGAGGACUCGUACUGGCACCAAACAUGACCUAAUCCCCAUUUCCUGUCUGAAUGAGUUUCCCAAUGCUGUCCAGAUGGCAAAGCUACUGUGUGAGGAUGUGAAUGUUGAACGCUUCUUUCCUGUCCUCUAUCCCAAGGCUUCGCAGCUUAUUGUUGCAUUUGAUGAACACGUCAUAAGCAAUAACUUCAAAUUUGGGGUCAUCUACCAGAAACCUGGACAGACAACUGAAGAAGAAGUCUUCAGUAACACAGUAGAGAGUCAGGGUUUCCUGGAGUUCCUGGAUUUUCUUGGUGACAAGAUUCAGCUGCAGGAUUUCCGUGGGUUCCGGGGAGGCUUGGAUGUUACCAGAGGUCAAACAGGCACUGAGUCAGUCUAUACAAAUUUCCGGGGGAAGGAGAUCAUGUUUCAUGUAUCUACAAAGCUGCCCUUCACAGAGGGAGAUUCCCAACAGCUUCAGCGGAAGCGUCACAUUGGGAAUGACAUUGUAGCCAUCAUCUUCCAGGAUGAAAGCACACCUUUUGUCCCUGAUAUGAUUGCUUCUAAUUUCCUACAUGCUUAUGUGGUAGUUCAGCUCACUCAUAGCACCACUGGGGACACUCUCUACAAGGUUUCAGUCACAGCCCGAGAUGAUGUCCCCUUCUUUGGACCCCCUCUGCCAAAUCCAGCCAUAUUUAAAAAGAGUGCAGAAUUUCGUGAAUUCCUUCUGGUCAAGCUCAUCAAUGCUGAGUACAGCUGCUAUCGAGCUGAGAAAUUUGCUAAAUUAGAGGAAAGAACACGGAGUGCCCUCUUGGAGAGCCUUUUUGAGGAGCUGCAGCUUCGCAGCCGCAGUAUGAUGGGAUUACCCACAGGGGAGGAUGACAAGAUAGAGAAUGGCAGUGGGGGCUUCCUGGAAAAUUUCAAGCGGGUGAUCAGAGGCCGCAGCCAGAGCCUGGAUACCAUGGGGAUAUCCAUGAGAAAGCAGCAGCCAGCCACCCUGCCCAGCCGCCCAGCUACAGCUGGCCUUGCCCUCAGCCAGAGUGUCGCCGAGGGCCCUAAGGCCAUUGCUGCGUCUUUUGCCUUACCUGGUAGGAGCCCAUCACGUACUCGAGCCAGCCGCUUCCAUGGGCGACGGAGUAGUGCCAUUGGCAUUGAGAACAUACAGGAGGAAAAGAGCAGAGACACUGCAGAGAGGAUACAGAGGGUGUUGGACAGUCCUGGAACUUUCUUUGACCUGAAGUCUGAUGGAUCAUCCAGUCCCAGCUCCCCAGAGUUCCCCAGCAGGAAGAGCAAUUUGCUCUGGAGUGAUUUUGGAGCUUCAUGGAGAAGCUUGGACAAGGACACAUCUGAGUGGGGACAUCAAGCCAAUCAGGAGUGGACCGGAUGCUACUCAGUCAUUGGUUACCUCACUGAAGAUACUGGCAAGACUUUUGGGGUGAAAUGAGAGUCCUGGCUAAGAGGAGCAUGAACGUACUUAGAGGACCUCAAGGACUGUGGAGAGACCAAUGGCACCAAGUAACGCUCCACUGGCAGUUCCUGGAGCAGGAAUUCUGGGAGAGGGAGAUGGACAGAGAGCUCCUGUUGGAGCAUUUUGGCUCUAUGCUCUUCCCAUUGCCCAGUCAGCAGCCACUGAACCAGCCUCUGCUAAUGAUGGGGAACGGAGGCCACCUUGAGUGCGACCCCUUUGCUUCCCCUUCGUUCAAAUGAGUAAGAAUAUCUUGGCCUGCAGAAGGCAAGAGCAGAGGAACACGUUUCCACCUCUGUCUCUAGUGCCUUUGAAUUACAUAGGUCAGGAAACGCAGUGCAGAGAACGAGGAUGGAGAAACCUGCUGAGGAAAGAUGCUGAGAAGCAGAUACUUUGUGGAAAUCUAGAUCCCAGUUCACUUAAAUUCAUGUUAUUGUUUGCUCUGCUGAGGGAGAAGCAUGUUGGCUUUCAUUUCCUCCAAAAUAUAUUUCCUAAAUUAGAGGAAAUAUCUUUGGCCUAUAUUGGCCCUAUCUUUACUGUUCUCCCUGUUGCAUGCUGGCAUGGAAUAUGCCUGGGACUUUAGGUUUCAUUACUGCUUGUAGGUCAAGAUUGGCCACAUUUUGCAGUGUUUCUGAAGGAAUAAAUAUAUUUAGUAUGUUAAAAGUGUCUUAUCUUUCUUGCCUCUCUUAGCUUUUUUUAUAUUUCUUAACAUUUUUAAGCACUCAUCUCUCCCUUACUGGCUAGUCUUACGCAAACAGUGGUAUUUCCCCAUAAAUUUUAGGCUUACAUGCACAGUGCACCUUCUACCAUGUAAGCAUGUCAGCCUCAUGGACUGCUAUAUCUCCUAGAUGACUGUAAGCAGUGGAUCACAAAUUCUGAUCUGGGAAGAGCUGACCUUAAGGGUCUUUCUUGAUAGUUAUGAAACAUGCACCGGGCUACCUCAGUGUCUGUGUCAUUUGAGAAAGUAGUGGUAAAGUGAUCCAAUACAGUUUGCUUUGAAUAUCCCUGUUGAAUGACCCUGUGAGACCUAAAAGUUUAGUGGAAUGGACCUAAAGGAGCCCAUCUACUGGCAACUUGUCACAUGGAAAAUCACCAGGAUGGGAAUCUGACCUAGGUGUGUUCCUGUUUGUAAGCAGGAGGAAGUUCUGACAUGCCUGUGCAAGAGCUUGGCACUUUAUGCUAAAUAGUUUGACACUGAGACAGCCUGCAGAUCUCAGUAAUUUGUUUCAACCUUCCCAUUGCUUUGUUAAACUUUCUUAGUUAACUGUUCUAUAAUACUGGUUAAUGUUUGUGUAUUUUCCUGCCUUCUCGUGUUACACCUGUCCAGAAAACCAGCAGUAACAAUUUAUAAGCUCUAUGGCAUGAAAAGUGUGCUUUUUAUAGUCCCUUUGUUCUGUCUGGAAUUUCACAUAAGACCAAACAUGAUAGUCUGAUAGUAGCUGUGGGAAUGGGAGGCCAAGACUGGGUCUUCACUGCCCUUUAUACUCAGUUUCACGUCUCUUCAUAUUAUAUUUAGGCUUCUAAGUCUCUGAUCUCCAAAAUAAGGCAUCCGUUGAUUUUAAUGAAUGUCUAGAUGUAUUUGAUACUUAAAUGCAGAUGGUGUGACUCACUCCGCUUUACUACGCCUAAGUCUGUGACUUAAAAAUUCAGUUAGAUUUGUCCUUUCAUACGGUUAUCCAGCAUGGAGACAAAGAAGUGGUGUUUCUACUAAAUGAUGUAGCAACUAGAACAUAAGGUAUGCAAGCCAGUUCACUUGUUUUCUGCUCCUAGGUGGAAAAACUAGCUGUGGAUGAGUCAUUUCUUCUUACUGUUUCUGAUUGCUGUAUAAUAAAGUUAUGCCACAAAAAAUUAAGCCUGUGUGUAACAAUAAGCAUGAUGAUGUUGAAUGCUUGCAU